AUGACCACCGUCAACUGUCCGGUGUGCGCCUUCAGCUACGCCAUCACCAACAUCACUAACCACAUCUGCAAGGCGCACUCUGGUGUUCACGUCACACAAGAUGCAGCAGCAGCUUGUGGUCUGGUGGCGUGCAGCUGCGGUCAGGUAGUGUUGAAUGCAGUGGCGCUGAGGAAGCAUCAGGGCAUCCGGCACUGCCAGGCGGUGCUGCCACCAACGCCACUAGAGACGCAGCCCAACACGGUAGCAAACAUGGUAGCAGCAGAACCAAUAUUGCAAUUUCAGGUACCACCGUCUCCAGAAUCUCAGAGCCAGGCCGCAUCACCUGCACAAGGCAUGCCACAGUCAGACAGCGGCAACACGGCUCAAGACCAGGAAGAUCUACCGCUUGUUCAGCCAGACAGCGGUCCUGCAAGUCCAGGCUCUCCAAGUGAGCGGUCACUCAGCCCAGUAUCUGAUGUGGACGGUCCAACGCUUCCUGACUUGCCAGCAGAAGAGCCAGCACCACCGUCAGAUGCAGGAGACCGCCACCAAGAGGACAUACCAGCAGACGGCAUUGUGAUUUGGCUGGGAGGCAGUGAGCCAGAACUGCCAGUGGAGCCGCCAAGCAUGCUUCUUGCGUCUGCUGCAGACACUGGUACGCGUCUGCCACCGGCACCUCCCUGCACGCCAAUCAACAACUGGGAUGUGGAGAGCACAACAGAUGUGGACUUCUACUCCGUCACUGUCUCUCCUGCCACACUGCUGCUCAUCCACCCACCGGGCUGCUAUAUGGCGCUGGUUGCACACGCACCAGAAUCACGGGACCUGGACAUGUACAAGAACUGGGUCUUCUUUGCGGAAUCCAAGUGCCGUCUCAGCUUUGAACCGAAACACAAGCUUCCGCUCAUUGAACGUCUCCGUCAAGCACCACAGCACGCCACACUGCUGGCAUCACCGCAUCCCACCACGCUCACAUACGGAGAGCUGCGCAUUGACAGCGCCAUAUUGGUGGAAGCGCUGCAAGACAUAGGCUGCCAAAGCGUCCACAUGUCUGCAUUUGGCAUCAAGGUGCCCAUUGAGCGGUUCAUGGAUCCAGCACAUCAUGCAGAACACCCGCUACAGCACACCAACAUGUAUGACAUUGGGCGUACCGUGUACACUGGCAGAGUCACAGCACUAGCGCCCAGGANUCAUGCAGAACACCCGCUACAGCACACCAACAUGUAUGACAUUGGGCGUACCGUGUACACUGGCAGAGUCACAGCACUAGCGCCCAGGACGCGUAAGGGACGGUACAAACAGUACCCACUGGCAAUGCAGGUUGGACGCGGCUAUGGCGGUGUAGAGCUGACGUGGAAGAGGCGUGCAGACGGUCUCAUGCACUUCAAGGCGUACUCCAAGCUGACGCAUCUGCUCAAGGCGGGUGCUGCUGGUGCCGGUAAAGGUUUCCAACCCAUGACGGUGGGUGUGAUCAAGAAGCGCAUUGAGACUCUGCACGCGUGGAAGGAGCGUAUCAGGGAAGCGCCAUCAGAUCUGGGAAAAGGGAUCCGCCUGGAGCUCACGGUACAANCAUUGAGACUCUGCACGCGUGGAAGGAGCGUAUCAGGGAAGCGCCAUCAGAUCUGGGAAAAGGGAUCCGCCUGGAGCUCACGGUACAAGCAUCAUCAGUUGUUCAGGCGCAAGCAGCGGCAGAAGCAAGCCGGUACCUGGACGCACAGUACCUGUUCUCAGCAGCGGCCGGUGAUGAGCAGCUGCUCACGCACACGUUCUCCAGAGGCGCCGUGA